CUCGCUACACAGAUUUGUUUGCGUGUCAAACUCAAGCAUACAAACUUUUUCAGCGCGCACAUACGCAGCAACAAUAUUGAAAAUUUAUUUUCCACCAGUUUUCAUACGCUUGGCGAGCAUUUUACUGGAAGAAUUUUAGAAUCUUUAUCCCUAACAGUACUCGGCACAAGUGUUUGGCUAUGAAUUGUGUUUACGUGUUUUUUCAAACUCACAAAAGGAGGCCGCGCAGAGUGUGAGGUUUGGCGGCUGCAGUGCAAUUUAGGAUCGAUGAAGGAAAACAACAGCCGCCGUACGGAUGAUGUGUAGCUUUGCCGUACAAACGUGCGCACGUAGCAGAAAUAAUUACUCGAAUCAAUCGUAAAGCGCGAAAAUAUUGCCAGAAUUUGCUCCUUAACUGCUAGCGUAGAACAUCUUCCAUCGUUAUUCGCGCGCUCGCAUAUGGCGUGUUGUAGUACCUGUUUUUGUUCAAGUAAACUAGUCUUCAAUAUUUACAUCUAGUGCAAGUUAACGCUUAUACGGGGCUGCUUAAGCUAUCGUGACAUCAUGGCUGCGCUUCCACCACGAAAAAAUCCGACACCAACCAAAAUUUCGAAGCAACACUUAACGCCGUUGCAAAUUUUGCUCCAGAUGGGCUUUCCCAAGCAUAGAGCCGAAAAAGCACUAGCCGCUACCGGAAAUCGUGGUGUUCAGCUCGCAUCCGACUGGUUGCUCGCACACGUGAACGAUCCCUUUCUGGACGAAUGUGCACCACGCGAGUACAUACUGUACGCUUGCCCUACCGGUCCAUUUCUGCAGCAGCUGGAAAAUUUUUGGGCCCAGUCCCGGGAAGCGUGUGGCUGGAACGGGGCCCACAACUUUACGCCCCAUAUUACGCUUGUAUCGUUUUUCAAAGCACCAGACGAAUGUGCACCACAGCUGUCGAAAGCAUUGAAGGAACUAAUGAACCUCCCGGGUGCCCGUAUCGAUCGACCGAUCGGGCUGGAGCUGUACACGAGCCCCAACUUUAUGGGAUUUUUCGUUGCCGAAGACGAUGCGAACUAUCUCAAACGGCUCGCCCUACAAUACGUUAAAGAAGUGUCCCACUCAAUAAUUAGUGACACCUAUGAGCAGCUAGAUGCACUGGUAACCUGUUUCCCAUGGUGCGGGGGAGUAACUUCAGCUCGUUGUAUACCGCGUAGCAGUCGAUCUAUAUCGCUAGAACCGCACGUCAAAUCGUUGCAUCUUACGUUGGCUUACCAAUUUCCUUCUGGCCAAUUUAAUGCACUGAAAACGUUGGUGGAAAGUUUGGAUGCAUCCUGCACGGAUGCCAACUGGGAAUUGCGACUCUACUCGCGCGAUCCGCGACUUGUCUCGAAGCAAGUGCACAAGGUGCUUUAUCCGCAUACGCCACGCGAAACGGACGAGCUGGAGUUACGUAUCGGUGACUACAUCUAUCUGAACCCGGAAGCAAUACAGGCAUCGUCGGACGGUUGGGUUGAGGGUAUGUCGUGGCUAACCGGCACUACCGGUUAUCUGCCGGAAAACUAUACCGAACGUACAGCGGAAUCGGAUGCGUGGACGAUGCACCGUACUGUGCCACUGUGUGACACGAGAGUGCCAGACGAAAUAUCGGACAUGGUGGAUGGAGUGCCGUCUAGCACGCCAAACGUAUUACCGGAAGCGAACGAUGCAGCAUCACCUGCGUUAGUGUCUGUAGGUCAGAGCGAAUCGCAACCAGACACGGUGUUAGUAGCGUCGGACAAAACCCAACCCACAACGGAACAGCAAACGGCAGACGAACGGAACAGUGGCAAGAUGUUCGGUGGCACCAAAUCGCAAGAGGAAUUUCCGUUGGAAAGAUUACACGAGCUAGUGAAGAAGCAUGUGAACAACAUACAGGUGAUCCCCGGUGAUGAAGGUGCGCAGCUGAAACUGGCUUCGAAGCCGGAAUCCAGUACCCGGAAGGUGUACCUAAUGCGUCACGGUGAGCGUAUCGAUUUUACGUUCGGCACGUGGGUUCCGUACUGCUUUGACGAGGCAGGCAACUACGUUAGAAAAGAUCUGAACAUGCCAAAAACGUUACCGGACCGUAAACCAAGCCUGUGGCAAAGGGAUUCACCACUGACGAACGUUGGCCGCUAUCAGGCACUGCUCGUGGGCGAAGGUAUGAAGGAUGCCGGAGUACACAUCGAGAAGGUGUACUGUUCGCCCUCGUUUCGUUGCAUUCAGACGGCCACUUCAGUGUUGGAGGGGCUGGGAUUAAAAGCUACCCUGCCCAUCUGCAUUGAGCCCGGGCUGUUUGAGUGGCUUGCCUGGUAUCAGGACGGUAUUCCCGAGUGGCUUUCGAACGAGGAGUUGAUUGCUGCCGAUUACAAUAUCGCUACGGACUAUAAGCCCAUGACAACGGCAGAAGAUCUGAAGGAACAUUUUCAUGAGAAGCUGGGCGACUUUUACUGCCGCAAUUCGGACAUUGCGGAAUCGAUUAUCAGCACCACUGAAGGAAAUGUACUGAUCGUUGGACACGCAACAACGCUCGAUACGUGCUCGCGAUUCAUCAUUGGUGAAAAGAUCCGUUCCACCAACGAUAUGGGCAGAAUCAUGCAGAAAGUUUCCUACUGCAGCUUGGCGGUGAUGGAGUCGGAUGGAACGGCGACAACGGCUGACGCUGAUACCAAGAACAAGGUUAAGGGCUACUGGAAGCUUGCGGUACCACCGUGCGAUCCAGUGACGCAUACCAAUAACAAUCGUUUUGACUACAAAGUGUUAUCUGGAUAAGCUACAAACUGAAUAAGCUCUUGAUGCACACUGCAUCGGGGUUUUGAUGGUUAAUGGGCUCGUGUAGGAUCUGCCGGUGUGGAGGAGGAGAGCAAAAAGGCAGUCAAAUGCGAGUAAUGUUACUACAAACUAUACGUUUUGCCUGUUAUUUAAAUACAUAAUAGACUAAACCUAGGUUACGAUCACUUGCUGUCGGUAAAAAGGUUCCGAUGUAUAUGUUUAAUCCUGCGUAUAGUAAUCAUGUUUCUUUAAUGUUCCUGCUAAUGCGCGAUCACGAAGAAAUGCACGCAGUAGAAGAGAAAACAUCAACCUAAACCACUGUCUAACUGUCGCAAUAUCGCUUGAUCAUGCUUUCGAAAUGACAAUAAGCUAUAAAAAGAGUAUGAUCUCAAAUUGCUCACCGUAUAAAAGAAAAAAGAAACAAAAAAUAUAUGCACAUUUCUAUUGAAAUGCUACGCUUUAAGCUUAACCGACUUACCAGCCCUGAGUGCAUUUGAAUGGAGGAACAUUUGCUCAUAAUUUGCAUACCAAGAAAAGAUAAAUUAAUUAAUGGUUAAAAUCAAACCGCACUUUGCUCAAUGGUUUUAUUAUCCAGUGUUACAACAAAUGUGCGUUCGCUUAGUAUUUUACUCCAUUUAUUUAACUAUACAUACAGUAAGUAAAUAACAAAAUGUGCGCUUAUGCCCGGUUAGGCUUCGUAUUGCAAACUGAACUUUGUCACAGUAACUUAUUCGACCAUGAAAAUCAAAUAGUAUUGCUGUACCAUGCCAAAAACAAGAAGGAAAAAAAGCUGGCGAAAACCAUGCAUACAACUCGUUGUAAUAAACCAUUAUUCCGUA